AUGGACGGAAUCGGGCCUGAAGUUGAGGUGUUCGCGAACAUCCUCGACGAUUGCCUGGCAAACCAAGGCACCGAUGAGGACAAACGCGCUAGGGUCUUGGGGCUCGUAAACGCAUACCACGAUUAUGCCGCCGAAAAGCUGUCGCAGCUGCGCAAGCCACGCCGUCAGGGCUCAAUUGGCGACAAUGAGAUGGACCUGGACGAUGAAGAAGAGGCAGAGGCUGCGGCAGAUUCAGAAGAGAUUCGAGUAUGGGAGCAAGAAAGACAGACAUGGGAUCUCGUUCGUCGCCUUAUCCCGCUGAGAUAUUCUGUUCGAUCUUCGACGAACCAGGAAGCUACGUACAAUGGAAAAGAUUUGUGGAGGGCAUUCCUUGCGAACGACCAGUUGGCCACAGAGAGGAAGACCAUUCUCGAAUGGUUACAACAAGGCGCGAGAGCUGGCCCCGACAUCGACGACCUCGUACGAGAUCUCCAGCAAAACGCUGACAGAGGAGACAUCAUCGCUCACGGUUGGAUACACACAAGGUCUGCCAUCAAGUUGCAGAAGAGUGUGAUUGGUUCUUCACGCCCGCUUGAUGUGCAUUUUCCGGAGGUCGCACGCUCUCUAGUCAACUCAGACAAGGCGCCACUUGUUGCCGAACUAGACCCAGACUCUGUGAUCAGACAGGGUCGCAAGUUGGAGCCACAGGAUGAGUACUUUGAGAGGGCUAUUUGGGUAGGCUGCUUCCAGCUGCUUCGAAGAGGCUGUACUGUGGAGACUACGCGGGAGUGGUGCUUGGAGAGGACGGAGGUCUGGAGGGCUGUAUCCAUGUCCGCCUUACCUCUUGCAAGUGACCACGGCGAGACCACGCUUGUCGACGACCCUUCAGCGCUUACUCUGUGGAGACGCAUGUGUUUUGCUCUUGCUCGCCAAGGAGGUACCGAUGAUAUUGAGAGAGCAGUAUAUGGGGUGUUGUCCGGAGACAUCCCCAGCGUGCAAAGAGUAUGCCAGACUUGGGACGACUUCAUGUUCAUGCACUACAACGCUCUGGUUCGCACGCAGUUCGACACUUUCCUACUCAGCCAAUGCUCCCCGGAAGCAUCGGCAACCAUCCGCUCAUCAUUCGCUGCUUUUGACGCAGUUCAGUUCCACGGCGAUGCCGCCACGUUGGAGCAACGCCUGAUCCGCAACCUUGAGACAAGCCCGCACACAAGCAAGGAAGCUCUGGAGCCUAUCAAGGCACUACAAGCCGCCAUUAUCUCCAAAGACCUCCAGCGACAUUUCUACGAGCAGGGUGUGGCCAUCACACAGAAAGCGAAUUCCAAGGAGGCAUCUGCGCUCAUGCCCGAUCACAACUGUCGCAACGUCGACGUAGUGACGGAAAAGUUCGCCGACAUCAAAAAUCCCGAUGGCCUGCGAAUUGCUGUUCAUGCACUCAUCAUCUUCGAUACGCUUGACAAACUCGGCACUUUGAAAACAAAUACCGUAACAAUGAGCUCAGAUCAUGAUCGUCGUGAAUUGCAAGAGAACACGAUUACGCAGUAUAUCAGCUUGCUCCGACUAGCAGGCUUGGAGGAGUUGAUACCACUGUAUUGCUCCAGGCUUCACCCAUCGAGAGCCUUCCAAGUGUUAAGCACAAACCUACUUCCCAUCACCGAUAGCGAGGCUCGUCAAGAGCAGCUCUCCUUCAUUCACAAAGCAGGACUGGACGUGGUGGAUUUCGUCAAGGCACAACCACAGUUCUUGUUCCAGACCUUGGACUCCGAUACUGCGCAAAACGAUGCAAUGCGGGAGUUCCAGAUCAUGGACGAUGGCCCGGCGUCCUUGAAGUACGGGCGUUCCAUCAAAACAGACUUCUUCGGGGAAGAUCCCGAAUCCAUUGACGCGGUCGACGAGCGCUUGAUCCGGUCAGUAGAAUGGCUGCUUCUAGUCAGCGAGGCCUGGCCAUAUGUCUUUUCUAUCGGCGUGGCAAUUUACAAGCACUUUCUAAAGACCAUGCAUUUGAAUGCUGCCAGAAGCUUCGCAAAUCGUGUGCCAUUCGACAGCAUUCUGCGCAUGCGCUCAAGCGACUUCCCUGAACAAGCAGAAGACGAACUCUGGUGGACAUCAGAUGGAGAAUUCUGGGUCAACCAGCUCGAGGGCGCGGGUGCGAUGGACCUCUCGCCAAGUCAAGUAGUAUCGGACGCCAAGGUCUUACGCGAACUUGAGUGUCUCGUCAGAGCCUUGGACACAAUGGAGACUGUCGCUUCCCUAGCGGAACUGUCAAGAGAGGACCCGUCUGUCAAACGAGAUUUCUGGGCGAAGGUUGGCAACGAGGUCAAGGCGGCCAAAGAACACGUGCGACCGCUACUGGUUGACUGGCUGGGUGAUCAAGAGGAUCAAGACUUACAAGCGCUGCGGGAAGCAUAUCUUCCCGAGACGAUCCUCGCUUACAUCAGCACGCUCCAUUUCGCCGGCACGACGCUGACGAGGGAUAACUUUUUGGAGUGUAUGGAGCUGGCGGCCACUAUUGCGGAGAAGGGCUCCGAUGUGGCAGAGUGCUUCGCCAAAGCUAAGCGAAUGAAGGAACUGGUCGAGUGUUUUGCUGCCUGCAGCAAAGCUCUGGCCGUUGCAUCGGGCGAGAAAAAGGCGGCCAAUUCGAGUAGCAAGAAGCUACGGGAAAUGGGAUGGUCACGGGAUCUUUGGUCCGUAAAGCACUGA